GGAGGAAGUGCUCGACUGUGUGAAUUUCGGCCGAACUGAAAAGCUAGCCCUAGGCGCGUUCUUAUUGCUUGGAGUGUAGCGCCGUUCUAAACAGCCAAGAUGUGUGUGGGCAUGGGCCAUUCAAAGCAGCGGCAGGAUGCGUGUGCGUGUGCGUGUGCUUAAGCGAAGAAUUAACGACCAUAGCGCGGAGAGAAUGGACAGCAGCUUAACGAUCUAUUUGAGCAAAGUAAAAGUGCCGCGCCGGGGGGACGAGGGCGCACGCAGAAGAAAGGAAGAAAGUAAGCAAGCAAGCAAGAUGCUAAUGGCGAUUACUUUUGUCAUCAUCAUCAUCAGCAUCGACAGAAGGGAUUCUUGGAUUUGAAUCUCAUUCGACACAUCACAUACACCACUAUUGAGCAAUAGUCUGCAGUUGAUCAAAUUGA